AUGGCUGGUGUAGCAAAAAUUUUUGAUGGUCAUAUUCUAAAUAAAUCAAAAGAAUUAGUUGAUCUUAAUGAUGAAAAAUAUAAAGGCAAAAUAAUUGGCCUUUAUUUCAGUGCUCAUUGGUGUCCACCAUGUCGCAAGUUUACUCCGAUAUUAGUUGAAUUUUAUAAAACACAUGCAGAAAAAAAAAAUUUUGAAAUAAUAUUUAUCAGUUCUGAUCGUGAUGAAAAUUCAUUUAAUGAAUAUUAUAAUGAUAUGCCUUGGUUAGUAUUAGAUUAUAAAGAACGUAAAAAAAAAGAGGAAUUAGGAAAGAAAUAUAAUGUUACUGGAAUUCCAAAAUUAAUUCUACUUGAUGGAGAUUCAGGAGAUAAUGUUUGUACUGAUGCAAGAAAUCAAGUUCAAUUUGAAGAUACCAAAGGAGAAAAAUUUCCAUGGAAAUCAUCAUAA